CCCUUUCUCCAUCAGCUGCAGAAAAGUCUUCCAAGUUACCCAGAGCAGUGGCUGUUCACAGGCACCUGGAACAGUGGAGCCUCAGACAAGCCAGCUUUCAGGCACUGACUUCCCCAAAACAUCACUUCUCUUUGCGUUUCCUAGAAAUUCCCAAUCUGCUCUUUCUCUUCUUAUGGAUACUUUCACAAGCUGACACUUUGAACUAAACAGCAUAAGUGACCCCAAAAACAAGUGACGGCUGGAAAAGUUAAUGGCAAGACCCAACUGUUAAGCCAGUGAGUGCAACAGCAAAUGGAAAAUAGAGGAUCUUAACGAACAGCUCAUCGUGCCCUUAGGGACAGUGCUGUGCUGUCCGGACUCCAUUCCUAAGGAGACUGCAGCAACAGCCAGGACUCCCAGGAGCGGAACUCACCAUGAGGACCUCAGCAGGCUUCCUUGUUUGCUCACUGCUGCUGCUGCUGGCUUUACAUGGCACAGAGGUGGCUGCCCAGGAUGACCAGACUGACCCCAAAAUGUCAUGUGCCAACUGGAUGGGAGGAGCACCAGGACACCCUGGCCACAACGGGCUGCCUGGAAGGGAUGGCAAGGAUGGAAAAGAUGGACAAAAAGGGGACAAAGGAGAACCAGGUCUACAAGGUGCCAGAGGUGACACAGGUGAAAAGGGUGCCACAGGUGCAGAAGGACCGAGAGGAUUUCCAGGACACAUGGGGAUGAAGGGGCAGAAGGGUGAAAGCGCCUACGUGUACCGUUCCGCCUUCAGCGUGGGGCUGACGGAGCGAGCCCCCCACCCCAACGUCCCCAUCCGCUUCACCAAGAUCUUCUACAACGAGCAGAACCACUACGACAGCAGCACCGGCAAGUUCCUCUGCAGCAUCCCCGGCACGUACUUCUUCGCCUACCACCUGACGGUCUACAUGUCGGACGUCAAGGUCAGCCUCUACAAGAAGGACAAGGCAGUGAUCUUCACCUACGACCAGUUCCAGAAGAACAAUGUCGACCAAGCGAGCGGCUCCGUCCUGCUGCACCUCAGCUCGGGGGAUGAGGUCUGGCUCCAGGUGUACGGGGAGGGCGACAACAACGGGGUCUAUGCCGACAACAUCAACGACUCCACUUUCAUGGGCUUCCUCCUGUACCCAGACACGGAUGACCAUUAGAGCAGGGGGGCUACACGGGAGGGGACAAGGCUGCUUAACCCCACCUGCCUCCUGGGGCACCAGCACUACAGCUGCACUCGAUUUACCAGAAAAUUCCCCUGACCACGUGGGGACCACCAUUGCCCAGGGUGGACUCCAUCUCCCCUGAAAUCACUGACUCGACACACAGGCGACUUCCGUGGGACCAAGAGUUCACUCCUACCUCUGCUCUUGCUCUCCUGAUGGAAACCGGGGCCCCAAGUCAAACAGCACUCUGGCCACAUCAUGAAACGGUCGCUCUCAAGACGGGCCGGCUUUGCUUUUAAAUUUAAAGCUGAUUUUCAUAUAUGUUACAUUUAAAUAUCACAUUCUACCUUACCCCUUUUUGUCGCUUGAAUCCAGUUGACACAAUGGUACCUGUAUAAGCCAGCAUUACCUCCCUGCUUGAGUACAGCUGGAGCUGCUGGCCGGGCUUUGGACAUCAUCACUCCCCACCUUGUCAGGGCCUCUGAUUUCCACCCAUGGUUUGUCCUCCCUCCUCUUUAGCCCACACCUUCCCAGGUAUACAACACACAGCAGAGCUAAGGCAUUACUACAAGCACAAGACAGCAUUAAGGGCUUUGACUAAAAAUACUUCCUACAGCAGCACUUCUCAAACCCCACGGGAUUACCACACUGCACAGAGUAUCACAAUAAAGUGCUCUCUCAAU